AUAUUGGCAGUCCAAUGGUUGUAUCACAUGGUCGUGUUUGGAUCCAGGCUGGAGUAUCCAUCAUUGGCUGCAACCAGGCUGGCGGUCCUAGAGUCCUCACUAGGAUCUCACUCUACCAGGACUGGAUCUCCGCCCACAUCAUCCCCUCCUCUGACCAACCAGGAUUCAUUCAGCUGGGCAUAGGCCAACCCACAUCGCUUCCUCAACCAACUACCACUCUGUCCUCACAAGCCCCUCCCACUCGGUCUUCACAAGCACCAUCUACACCAUCUCCUUCUCUUGCCACCACUUUGCCUUUACCUGAUCGAGGGCGUUCGUGUCGUUUCAGGCCCCUAAACAACAUUGCUAUCCCCACCGUCUGGAUAUCAGUAAUUAUUGGACCUGUCUCUAACAACACAGACAGGAAACUACUCGCAAAAAACACCCUCACACAGUUGGAGCAGGUCUCUAAAAGGUAUUUCAAGGACCCUGAACAACGCAUUGCAAACAUUCUUCAGUGUACUCAGAGGGAGAGCGUUGUUGAUCUAGAUAUGCAGCUGACAUUUCAGCCCGUGUCUAAACCCCCACCCCUUCGACUCUGUUUCCCCGGCAACGGGCUGGUGAGGGUGGCCCUGGCUGAAACCUUCAGGGGCUACACACACGUGGAGAUCCGGAACAUUACAAAUGGUUUGAGCGUCAUUGCGAAGUUUUCAACCAACAUAGUAUAUGAGGAAGCUCUCAGUGACCCAACCAGCCCUCAGUUCAAAAACAUGGAACGAAGGAUCGUCAGAGUGAUUGACGAAAUCAACCGUGCUAAAUAUGGCAUCCUGUACAAGAGAACCAUAGUACUGGGAUUCAGGCCACGUUCUCAGAGCAGGAGGUCCAAACGAGACGUCAUGGCAACAGAGGUGGAGCUACAGGAAGAGUUUGAGUCCAACUCCACUGACACAACAGACACACACUCCAUUCUCAUCAGCUCUGAUGACGUGAGGGACACUCUGAAGAAAGCGGCUGGUAACUCCACUCUCGGAUUCACACUGGACCUCAACACAGUCAGCAUUGCAGAAGCAUCCAAAGCAGUGAUGUGGUAUCCCGCCUCUUUUGGAACUAUUUCUGUGAUUGGCCCAUGUCUGCUGCUGCCAUGGAUGUGGUUGGCUUUCUAAUCCAUCAAUCAACUCCACAGCCAAUCCAACGGCUCCGUUACGAACAAAGUCACCCGUGACUGCUUUGAAUAGUGUUGUCAAGAAUCUCUAGUAGAGUGAGAUACUUCAGGCUUAUACUUUUCCUGGAUCCAUGUGAUGUCAGGUGAACGCUCCCCUUCAGGAAACUUUCAGUUAGGAGACCUUUGGAGACUUACGGUUGAGAAUAAAUGGAGUUCCCUUAGCACUGUAGAUAGCACACAUCUUGUCCAAGCCGCCACCCAAAGAAUGUGCAUUUGUGCGUUGUUUAUUUGUGUAAACUACUUUGCACUUUCCCUCUGGGGACCUAUAAACUUACUCUACUCUACUCUACAUUCUAAUGUUUUUUCCUUUACAUUUUUUAAACAAAAUAUGUGAUAGUCCCUUAAGAAGCCCAGGUGUAGCAAUGCAAGUGAACUGUUUUGUGGUCUAGGAGUCAACACAUUCCAUGCAUUGCUGAGAAAUGUAAUGUAUACAUUAAUCUGCUGAUUGAAUAGUUGAUGUAAACAAAUUAUGCUGCUGUCAAAUCCUGCUCUGAGUGUGGUGUGAUAUCAAUCAUUCUUGUGAAAACACUGGUUCAAGUUCUUUUAUAAAUGUGUUUUGUCUAUGUAUUGUCUAUGCAUUGUGUUUUUCCUUCUUAAAAGUGAAUCUUGAGUCUGGAUUUU